AUGUCAAAUUCAACUGCAUCACAAGUUUUGAAGUUAUAUAGACAAAUGAUGAAAGCUGGAAGUCAAUUUCCUAUUUACAGCUAUAGGGCUUAUGCGUUAAGAAGAAUAAAAGAUGCAUUUAAGGAGAACAAAACUGUUACGGAUCCUGAUGUAAUUAAUCAAUUAAUAUCUAAAGCAAACCAUAACCUAGAAAUAAUCAAGCGGCAGGUUGCACUUGGACAUGUUUAUCACCACCCUAAAUUGAUUAUCGAAACAUUACCAAAUCAGAAGAAGCCUUGA